AUGGUUGACCUAAGUGAAAAGGAUCUUAAUGAUGUUCACGAAAUGUUCCUACUGUUUGACACAAAAGGAGAUGAAAAAAUCGAGGCGAAAGAUAUUGGCGAAGUUGUGCGUGCAAUGGGUCUAAAUCCAACAGAGUCGGACAUUGGAAAAUAUGGCUAUCAAAAUAAUCCAAACGAACGUAUCAGUUUCGAAUCAUUCGUUCCAAUUUAUCAUGGUUUAUUAAAAGAACAAGUGGAAGUGGAUCAAGAAACGUUUAUUGAGUCGUUUCGUGUAUUUGAUAAAGAAGAUAAUGGAUUAAUUAGUGCAGCUGAAUUAAGACAUCUACUAACAGCACUAGGUGAAAAACUACGAGAUGAUGAAGUGGAUGUAUUAUUAUCUGGUUUAGAAAAUAGUCAAGGUCUUGUACCAUAUGAAGCUUUUGUACAACGUGUUAUGAGUUAA